CACGCAGCGACAUUAAUAUUCACGUUAAAGUCGUGGAAGCAACAUGAUACGAAAAGAUGUUGCUUUUUCGCUAUUAUGCGUCCUGUCGUGUUGCAUAGUAUCUUCUCUUGCUUUCGUUUUCGAAGAUUGUGGUUCAGAGUUAGGUAAGUUCAAUGAGAUAUCGAUCUCGAGCUGUGACUUAUCCGAAGAAAAAUGCUCGAUAUUCCGUGACAGCGACGUACAUCUGUCCUUGAAAUUUACACCAAGUGUAGAUGUCUCGAAAAUCGAAGCACGCGUAUUUGGUAUCUUAGGCAAUGUGCCUGUGCCUUUUCCCUUAGAAAAGCCUGAUGUAUGCAAUGACGCGAAUUCCGGAAUUAAUUGUCCUUUGAAAAAGGAUCAAGAAGCUGAAUACAAAGCUACGUUCUUUGUGGAAAAAACUAUUCCAGCGUUGAGUCUUGAAGUUAUGUGGGAGUUUAGAAAUGAAAAAGAUGAGAAGAUAAUAUGUGUAAAAUACCCGGUGAAGAUUAAGUAAAACUAAGCUGGCAUUUUUAUAGCAACUAUGAGAGAUUAUUGCGCUCCAAUAUUGAAAUGAAUACGUUUUAUAUAUAUUUUCAACGCACAUUUUGACGUAAAGCACAUUAAAAUUAUGGAAUAAUUAAAUGAUAGAGAAAAAUCUCUCUUUCCUUAAUCCUAUAAGAUAGAGUAUUUUAACAGCAGAGCUUAAAUAUAAACAAUUUCUAAUAUAUGUAGUACUACAGAAACAAAAAUACACGUUUUAUCUUUUACGCAACUGUCAAAAAAUAACAAGAAAUUUUUGUACUAACGCUAUAUUCUUGAAUAUAAUGCC